AUGGGGGGGUGUAUGUAUAUACAUAAUAAUAAUAAUAAUAAUAAUAAUAAUAAUAAUAAUAAUAAUAAUAAUAAUAAUAAUAAUAAUAAUAAUAAUAAUAAUAAUAAUAAUAAUAAUAAUAAUAAUAAUAAUAAUAAUAAUAAUAAUAAUAAUAAUAAUGAUAAAGAUUUACUACUUACAAUAUUUAUAAGUAUAUUCACUUUAUAUUUAACUUUAUUUAUUAUCAUCGAAUAUUGUUCAUUUAAACAAACCACCAAAUUAACCAAUCAAAUUUGUUCAAAAUGUCAAUCAACCAAUCAAAAUGUAUAUCAUCCUCAUCCUCAUUAUCAUCAUGAUAAUGAAGAGGAUGAUUCAUGUAAUCUAUUAUCAAUACAACAAUAUAAUCAGUUGACAUCAUUUGAAACACUGCCACCCAAUAAUAAUAAUAAUGAUAAUGAUAAUAAUAAUAAUAGUGAUGGUUACUACCCGAGAUGUUCACAGAGAUACCAUGAUAGCAACAAAAAGAAUUUUACUUACUCAAAAUAUGGUAAUCACGAUCUAGACGAAGCUUUUAGUAAUAAUAAUGGGUUGAGUUCAUUUAUCCCUCAUAAAUUAGAACAUCAUCCAACAUCUCUAUUGCAUACAUCAAAUGUUAUGUAUAAAUGUGAUAAUUUAUGUCGAACUAAAGCAUAUUUACAUGAUGAAAACAUUGAUGAUAAUGAAGAUGGUGAUAGGAAUACAAUUUGUAUUCCAACACAUGUACAUAGUUUAUCUUUACCAAGAAUCGAAACAUUCAAUGAUGAAAAUAUGAAUAAAACAAUUUUAAUCACACCGAAAUUAAUUAAUACCCCAUAUUCUUGUUGUACUUCUUCAACAACCUCAUCAUCCAAGUAUAAUUUACAUUCAUCAUAUUGUAAAUAGACUAUUCAAUAAUUCAUUUAUGUGAAUUAAUAAUUAUAAUAAUAAUACGAAUGACAUUUGAU